UGCCAGUAAGCCAAAGAAUCAAGAUUCAAGAUCAACCCGUCAUAGAUUAGGCUCGGUCGGUCUGGUUAGGUUUAUCCAUCUCUCUCUUCUCUCUUCUCUCAACACGACGACGAUCUAGUGCCGGUGAUUUCACAUCAAAACAUGAAUUUCUUCAAGUCUGUGUUCGCCGAAGAUCCAGAACUUUCCGAUUCCGAAGAUAACCCUCAUUCCCCUUCCAAUCCACAACCACAAGAUCAUCAAGAUAAUCAAGAUAAUCCAACCGACGAUUCCUCCACCUCGGAGGAUAUUCCAAACCCUAUGCCCUCAAUCUCUGCUAUCGCCAAUGCUUGGUCCUUCGGCGGUCUCGUGAAAACCCUAGCAUCGAAAUCCGAGUCCGUCAUCGAGACCUACCGACGGGAUUUACAGGAGUUUGGCACCGGAUUGCGGAAAGAAACGGAUGUGAUCCGUGAAGUCGCCGGUCGUGCCGUGCGAGACCUCCCUGCCUCUCUCGAGGCUGGCGCUGCCGCCGCUCAGGAGUCAUUGGAAUCUGUCGGACAGGCGAUUGAUGUGUUUGGGAACACGGUUACGGAGAUCAUUUCUCAUGGUAAGGAUUCGAUCCUUUCUGGUGACUAUUCUGAUGGUGAAGCUUCUGAUUCAAAACAAAAUCAGAAUGCUAAACCAUACAAUAGACUUGAUGCACAAAUCCGCACGAUUCAGUGUGAUUUCAAGACUUAUUGUGAUGAGCCUGAGGAAUUGGAUGAGUUCAAAGACUGGAAAUUAGGUUUUCUGAUUGAAGAAAAGAGUGGGGAGAUCGAAAGCUUGAUUGAAGAAAACGCUGUGAUUGAUGAAAUCUAUAACGAGAUUGUGCCUAGUAAGGUUGAUGGUGAAACUUUCUGGAGCAGGUACUUCUUUAGGGUAUAUAAGUUGAGAAAAGCUGAGGAGGCUAGGGCAAAGCUUGUGAAGAAGGCAAUAUCAGGUGAAGAAGAUGAAGAUUUGAGUUGGGAAGUUGAUGAUGAAGACUUUGUAGAAGAUGAUGGGUCCACGCAUAAGGAGCAGCAAGAAAAGGUCGUAGUAGUAGAACAGAAGGAGGAAAUUCCUUCCAUAAGUGAGGAUGAUGUGAAAGAGGCGGUUUCUGAUUCCAUAACUACGAGUGAACACGUCGAGGAGAGAUCUGAUGUCAAAACUGGUUCAGAAGGGAAGAUUGAGAAUGCUGAUGUAUCAGUUGUGUCAAACCAGCCAUUGUUAAUUGAGGAAGAAGAUCUUAGCUGGGAUGAGAUUGAGGACAUUGAUGAAACCAAGGCUACAACAAGCGAGAGCCCAGACAAAGCGGAUUUGAAGAAGCGGUUAAGUUCAAUGGAGGAAGAAGAUCUUAGUUGGGACAUUGAAGACGAUGAUGAACCACUUGUUAAAUCGUGACGACGGUAACAAAUUUAUUACAUAAUAAGCAGCGCAUGAUGCAUACAUAUUUAUCCUAUCCUCAAUGAGGACUAUGAUUUGGUGAUUUUAUUAUGCUUAUCAUGUAAAUACUUUGUGGGGUUUAAUAAGAAAAACAAAUGAAAAUCUAUUCAAUUGAAAAGUUACUUAUUUUGUA